UUGGGCAAACGCAAACAUGGCGACGUCCUUAGAAGAUGAUGGCGAGCCGAAUAACCAGGAUUAUUACUCUCUUUUAAACGUCAGAAAAGAGGCGACUCUGGAGGAGCUGAAGGCGUCCUAUCGCAGACUGUGUAUGCUCUAUCACCCAGACAAACACAGAGACGCAGAGCUCAAACGACAGGCCGAGCAGCUGUUCAACCAGGUGCAGACGGCGUUUACAGUGCUGAGUGACGAUCACGCUCGAGCGAUCUACGACAUCUUUGGGAAGAAAGGUCUGGAAGUGGAAGGAUGGGAGGUUGUGGAGAGGAAGCGGACUCCUGCAGAGAUCAGGGAGGAGUAUGAGAGACUCCAGAGGGAGAGAGAAGAGAGGAGGCUGCAGCAGAGGACCAAUCCCAAGGGGACCAUCAGUGUGGGGGUGGACGCCACAGACCUGUUUGAUCGAUACGAUGAAGAUGAUUUUGAUGAAGCUCCGAGCGGUGGCUUCCCUCACAUCGAAAUCAACAAGAUGCACAUCUCCCAGUCCAUCGAGGCCCCUCUGACAAACUCCGAUACGGCGGUGCUGUCGGGCUCUCUCUCCACUCAUCAUGGAAACGGAGGAGGCAACAUUGCCAUGACGAUUCGCCGCGUGACAUCAGCGCGAGGAUGGGGCGAGGUGGAGUUUGGGGCGGGCGACGUUCUGGGGCCGGUCGUCGGGUUAAAGAUGUUUAGAAACGUGACUCAGAGAUGUUGGAUGACCGGUCAGUGUGGUGUCCAAUUCUCUCCUCGUGGCGUCAGACCGUCCUGUUCUCUGAUGGCGGCUCGUCACCUGGACGGUAAUACCAUGGGCUACCUGCAAUGGCGCUGGGGUCCCAACAGCGCCAUGACGACGAGCAUCGUCCGAGACACCAAGUCCACGCACUUGACGCUCGCCCUACAGCUGGGGGUUCCACACUCGUAUCUGAUGCUGAGUUGUCAGUACAAGUUCCAGGACGAGGAUCAGACCAGAGUCAAAGGCUCACUCAAGACGGGUUGGUUUGGGACGGUGGUAGAGUACGGUGUUGAGCGUAAGGUCAGUCGUCACAGUGUGUUGUCUGCGUCGGUGAGCGUUGGGAUUCCUCAGGGUGUCACCCUCAAAAUCAAGCUGUCCCGGGCGUCGCAGACUUACCUGUUCCCGGUUCACUUGACUGAUCAGCUGCUCCCCUCUGCAGUGUUCUACGCCACAGUGUGCCCCCUGCUGGUGUACCUGGCCGUGCACAGACUGGUCAUUGUUCCCUGCACUCAGGCACAGAAAGAGCAAGAGCUGGAGCUGCAGAGGAUAAACUCGGCCACGGAUAUCGCCAAAAAGAAACAGGAGGCAGAGUCGGCCGUUUUACUGAUGCAGGAGUCGGUCAAGAGGAUUAUAGACGCGGAGGAGUCCAAGAUGGGUCUGAUCAUUCUGAAUGCCUGGUACGGGAAGUUUGUGUCGGAGCUAAAACAGGAGAAAAACAAAGUGAUCGACGUCACUGUUCCUCUGCAGUGUUUAGUCAAAGACUCGAAGCUCAUCCUCACAGAGGCCUCCAAGGCUGGUCUUCCUGGGUUCUAUGAUCCGGCUGUGGGGGAGGAGAAGAGCCUGAAGUUGUUGUAUCAGUUCAGAGGCGUCAUGCACCAGGUCCUGUCUGCAGACACCGAGGCCCUGAGGAUCCCCAAGCAGUCUCACAGAAUCGAGUCCACAGAGUCGUCCUAGAGUUUCGACGAUAAACCUGGACAGUUACCAUAGCAACAGUAUUUUUUCUGCCACACAAAUUGUAAAAAAAAGAUAUGAACCUUACAUUACCUGUGGCAGAAGAGCCGACAGGUGUGACCGACAGGUGUGACCGACAGGUGUGACCGACAGGUGUGAUCGACGGGUGUGACAGGUGUAUUUCUAACACAUAUUUGUGUUGAAUGCAGAUGUGACCAGGUCUGGAUGUUCUUGGCCGAUGUCUUUAGACAUUAAGCAGCUUUAGAUGAUUUUCGUUCGACCUGAACCACGUUUGUGUUUUAUGGAUCAUUUUAUUGUGUUUUAUUGUCAUUUUAUUUAUUUAUCUUAAUUGUGUUUGGAUCUGCCUUUACAAACAUUUAAACAUAGAGUUUAAGAAGGAGCUGCCUCAGCCACAGACUGAAAGAUAUUUACAGUCAGGAGCCAAAAAGUACUCGAGUAAGACUAACGUUACUUCAAAAUAAUAUUAUUCAAGUAGAAGUCCAGUAGUGCUCCAAGUAAUGACUCAAGUAAGAUUAAAAGUUAUUUAGGAAAAGUACUACUUACAAGUAAGAGUACUGUUACACUGAACAGUAUAUUACUCGAGUACACGAUUACUGUUACACUGUACAAUAUAUUACUAGAGUAAGAGUACUGUUACUUCAAUGAAAAUAUUACUCGAAUAAAAGUAUGCUGCUAAAAGAGUACUCUGAAAAGUACAAUUUCUUUAAAAAGUUGUUCGAGUAAAUGUUACUCAAGUACUACCACCUCUGUGAAUUGUAUAUAAUUAUUUACAAAUUAAAGAUGUACUGUGUAACUUUUCUCCAUGGAGAUGGUAUUGGUUUGCCUGGAAUGUUCUAUGUCAUUAAUCCCGUCCAUCUUAUUUACAGGUGUGUCAUUGUUCAAAGCUUGAUAAACAUGCAUUCUCCACAGAUCUGACCUGUAACUUGGUCUGGUGGUGUCACCUGUUUGUCUCCACGGCGACAGAUGCAUUUACGGGCAAAGCGACAGAGUUGUUAAGCGAUGAUGUCACUUCCGGGUCAUAGCAGAUUUGUUUUUGUUCCAUGUCAAAAGUGCUUCAGCUCAGACUGUGUCAAAUAUGUGGAUACUAUAGUAAUAAUCAUAAAACAGGAUUACCGGUGUGUACGUCUCACUGACGUCACCCCUAAUGCUAACUUAACCUGAGUUAGCUUAGCCUAGCUCACCUCCCUCGUACACUUUCUGUCACAGUUAUAUCUAGAUCCAUGGUCAUAAGUGUGUUUGCUUUAAACGACUGCAGUCUGUUUAGCAUCAGAGAUGAGGAUCAGAACAAGACAAAACCAAGACUUUGUUUUUUGUUGUUAUCUGCAUUUAAAUUCAAAAGACCAAUUGCCCAACACCCGCCUCUUAAAAUGGCCUGUGGAGGGCAGUGGAUUUCCAUUUGUUUUGUUUGUAAUUCUAAACCUCUAAAAUAUCUGCAUUGUCAUUCUAUUGUAAUGAAAGUCAAACUUUGGAUGCUAUGUCUUUAGUUUGACCCUGAACUGCUUCAGCCACAACAUUAUGACACAUUUCCAUUAAAGCCACACUGUCACUUUUCUGUUGUGGUGUCACUCAUCAGUUUGUCUCCAUGGAUUU